AUGCAUGAAUUUUGUCUCGAAGCUACCCAUAAAGUUUUGAGAUACACUUCCGAUGAGGAGGAGGAUCUUCUUCGGGGCGUGUUUGCCAUCAGGAAAGUCGAUGAGGUGCUAGUGAUGCUGCGAAUUUUGGAUUUCAGACAGCUUCCUCAGACCAGACGAACUGUUAUGACAGCUAGAGUCAAGGCCAAUCUGCGCUACCCAAGUCGGUAUCUUACACAGAUAUACUCUCUUCAGGAAGCUCCAGACAAAUCCAGGAUCCUGAUAGAGCUGUAUCUGUCUACAAACAAAACGUUUGAAUGCUUGCUAGUUGAGGAUGUAAUUUCUGUUGAGAGGGCUGUGAGGUUGAUUUCUGACUUAGUGCAUGGUACAGUUGAACUUCUAGACUAUUAUUUACAACGCAACGUUACCGUUACCCAGGAUCUUCUCUGUAAUGCAAUCUUAUUGCCCAGUACAUUGUUUAUUUUGCAUGAUGAUACCAUACUUUUCCCGAAUCCAUGCAUAGCUACACUCGAUGCCGACUUGGGGUUUUCUAAUAGGUUGCUUGAGCAAGAGCAAUGGAAAAGAUAUGCACCACCAGAAAUACAUUUUUUGCUGUUAGACCGUGGCACAGAGCUAUCUAUCGACACUCUGGAGAAAGUCCUUACAUGGUCUGUUGGUAUGUUAGUGUCGGACCUUUAUUCUCUCGUAGAGGGAUCAGACGGUAUAGCUGACGCAAUGGUCGAUACCGUGUUCCCUGACCGAUGCGCUAUGCAUUGUGAUGUUCUUUGUCUUGUUCGAAAGAUACUCUGCGCUUGCCUAGUAGAAGAUCCUGCAUCGCGGGCUGACUGUCAGACGCUUGCGAUGAGUCUGGAAGCUGUCCAAAAUAUCCCGCAAGUUGUCUCCAUUAUUAAUGCUUCAGAGCAUUCAGUAGUUUCUAUGAAUACUAGUCUGAUUUCGGAUGAAGACAACUUUCUCAUUCUUCCCAAUGAAUACUUAUGCGUAGAAAGGCCGAGAGAGGAUCAUUUAGUUACUGCUAUCCAUGGUACACCAGGUUUUCAUGAUAUUUUUGAUGCUGAUGAUUACGCUGGCAGCAUUUCAAGUGAUUAUUGGCAACUGGAAGAUGAAGUGGCAGUACGACGGCAUUCAAUAUCUUGCUAUAAAAACGCACCUAAUGAAUCUGACUAUUUUAACGAAGUCGAUAUAAACGAUAAGCGGUCACGAUCUAAGUCAGACGCUUGGUCUCACAACUUAGCCGAUAGCGCAUUCCGCCGGUACAUAGAGGCUGCUACCGUAGGACGUACCGAUUUAGUAGCUAUCUAUAUCGGUAGGUGCUCCAGACAACAAGAUAUAGACGGUGGUACUGCUCUAAUGGCAGCCACGAAAGGGGGAAAACAUGAAUGUGUCUCUCUAUUGGCACAGUGUGAAGCUGGCUUGCAAGAUGUUCACGGACUAUCGGCGCUAAUGUAUGCCGUGCUUCGAAGUGAUGCUACAUCUGUCCAACUUCUUUGUACGGCCGAGUGUGGUCUGGUGGAUGACAGAGGGAUGACAGCUCUUAUGCAUGCGGUCGAGCAAGAUUGCUAUCAAGUGAUUCAUCUGCUUAUAGAAGAAGUUGCUAUGAUAAACACUAAUCAUAUGAGCGCCUAUGAUAUUGCCGUGAAGCUGGGGCACAACAGAUGCACCAUGAUAUUAGAACCAUAUGCACUGCAGCUCAGAGUACACCGUGUUGCACGCGUUAAUAGCUAUGGAUACACAGCUUUAAUGUUUGCCGCUAUACAAAAUGACGUUGCAACAGUGUGUCAGCUUGCUUCAGAAGAAGGAGGAGUAGUGGCAGAGGAUGGUAGCACAGCUCUUUAUGCUGCUAUUCUGCAUAACAACUACCUUUGUAUACCACCUCUUCUACGGUAUGAACGAUCUAUAACGACACCUGAUGGAUCCACGCCGCUAGAGUUAGCAGAGAAGCUUAACCGCUAUGAGUGCGCCCGUCUCUUGCGGAGCCCGGUUGUAAAAGGGUAUCUUCCGAUUGAUACUGAGUCCUGUUUGAUGAAGGAGGCAAGACACGGAGAUCCAGAGCUUUUAAGAGCUCACUUGAAUGAGGUUCUUUUAAUGUCUGCUAGAGGUGAAACUGCCCUUAUGAUAGCCGCAGGUGCGGGAAGCUACAGGUGCGUAAAGGACCUAUUGCAGUAUGAGCAAGGGAUGGUAUCUCCAACUGGCUGGACUGCUCUGAUGUACGCGUCCAUGAAUGGACAUUUAGACUGCGUUAGCUUGCUAUGCGCCACUGAGGCGAGAAUUACUAAUACUCUCGGUCAAUUAGCAUAUGAUAUUGCAGUGGAAAAAGGCCACAAGGCGUGUGCACGGUUUCUUUCUAAAUAUGAAGAGCAUUUAACUGUUGCGUAUCGGGUUGACGAACUUUUAGCUUUAGACCGUAUAGGCGAUGCGGUGAGACUACUCAAGCAGCCAUUUGUGCUAUCUGCAGCUCUUGUCAAAUGUAUUUGGAGCGUACACGGGGGAGAAUUUAUGGUAUUGUGGGGGGCUCUUCGAGCAAACGUGGACCUGACUAUACUGGCCAAAUAUAUCACUUUAGAAAUGAGUGUUGACCUCAAUGAUCCAGAGCUAACCGACCUUGUAUUGAAAAGGAAAGCAGAGUAUCAAUUGGUCAGUGCAGGACAGAACAACUUAGAAAGUUUAUUACAUAAAGCUCUCUGUUCACAGAAAUUUCUUGUUAUUCCAGUUAUCUGUGAGCAUGCAAUGACUAAGCGUAAGCGCAUCUUUGUACAAAAGAGGGUUGGAAAAGCAGUCACCAGGAAAACAAGACUAAUGAUAGCAGCAGAGAUUGGGGACCUUUCUGAAGUAGAGCAGAAUCUUCAAUACUUGUGUUUUCAAUGUAAGGGUCUUUGCACUUUCCAAAGGAAGGAAGAGCGUCAUUCUUUAGAGACUCAUAAUAAGACAGUCAGUAGCGUUACGGCUUUAAUGCUUGCUGCUGCAAAUGGACACAGGAACUGUGUUCCUGCUCUCCUUCCCGAACUAGGGCUACGGGACCAGGCAUCUGGCACAACAGCUCUGAUCCUUGCCCUUUGGUACGAAGAUACUACUAUUGUCCGCCUACUUCUUCCUGAGGCCAAUAUUGCUGAUAACAGUGGUAUGACUCCUUUAAUGCAUGCUUCUAAGAAAGAUAACAAAAAAUGUGCGCAAUUACUUAAAUCAUAUUUGAAAGCAAAAGGAUAA